AUGCGUGCAAGUUCUAUUGAUAUUCAUCCAAAUGCAACAUGGUCAACGAGUGGUAUCACUGUUGCUGGAGGAAAUGGAUAUGGCAGUGAAACAAAUCAGUUCGACUGGCCAUGGGGUUUGUACGUCGACGACGAUCUAACGAUUUAUGUCGUUGAUUGGGGAAAUCACCGUAUUAUGGAAUGGAAAUCUGGUGCAACGAAUGGAAAAGUAGUUGCGGGUGGAAAUGGGGCAGGAAAUGGAGCUCAUCAAUUAAAAUACCCACAUGACGUUAUUAUCGACAGAGAGAGCGAUAGUCUCAUCAUCAGCGAUGAAGAGAUUAACGGAGUAGUUCGAUGGCCUCGUCUAAAUGGUACUCGUGGAGAAGCAAUGAUUUCAAAUACCGAUUGCUGGGGUUUGACAAUGGACGACAAUCGUUCUCUCUAUGUCGUUGACGACAGAAAACAUGAAGUGAAACGAUAUAAAAUUGGUGAUACUCAAAGAACAGUGGUUGCAGGUGGCAAUGGAGAAGGAAAUCGUCUCGAUCAACUCUCUUACCCUCACUACGUAUUUGUCGAUCGAGAUCAUUCAGUAUACGUAUCUGAGUAUGGAAAUCAUCGUAUAAUGAAAUGGGAAGAAGGUGCAACACAAGGCAUUGUCGUAGCCGGUGGUGAAGGAGAAGGAAAUAGUCUUACACAAUUGAAUCAUCCUCAUGGAAUCGUUGUCGAUCAAUUGGACACUGUCUAUGUGGCUGAUUCUUGGAAUAACCGAAUCAUGCGUUGGCCAAAAGGAGCCACACAAGGAGCUGUCAUUAUUGGUGGAAACGGUGAAGGAUCACAGUCGAAUCAACUCAAUGGUCCCGUAGGUUUAUCAUUCGAUCGACAUGGCAAUCUCUAUGUCGUCGAUUGGGGAAAUCAUCGAGUACAAAAAUUUAAUAUCAAAUAA